CAUUGAGCUACGCGCAUUCAUUUCGUUUUGCUUUUUUAAUAUCCAAGUGGAGGAAAGAAACAACAAAAUUUCAAGAGUUCUUCUUUCGGAAAGUUUCGACUAUUGCACACACCUCCAAACAAAUCCCCUCCUGCUCUCCUAAAGCAGGCAUGGAAAAUUUUCAAAGCCAAUGAGCAAAAGAAACGUGAUAAAGAACGUAGUGAAAACAAGUGUAAAAUUAUUAAUAAUACAAGAAGAAGAAGAAGAAAAAAAUUCUAACCAAAAUACUGCUCCAUAAGUCUAUUGGCAUCGCAUACGAUGCUGCAUUGUGUCACUAUGGAAAAUUGAGAAGAAAAUAGUAGCCAAUAUCGGCCUCAGGAUGUGUAGUGGUGCAUACUAUCGACAAAUUCGCCAGUGAUGCGGUUUUUUAUGUAAAUUUUCACGUUUUCUUCUCCGAAUCUUGACUUGAUGUUGCGUCUCCUUUGCUACUAACGUCGUCGGUCUAUGUGUUUGUGUUCGUCGUCGUCGUUGUAUAUAGUCGCGUUUAUCCUGUGAAUUUUUGGUGAGAAGAUGUAAAUGCGUAAAGAGCAAAGCAACUUCGAAAGGGAAGUGCAAAUGAAAGAAUUAAGUGAAAGCAAAAAAAAAAUCGCAAAUCGUUCUUUGUAAUUUGGCAAAAGUGUGUGAUUUCUUUUGCGGUGCUAUACCUUGACAAAAUAUUGAAAGGGAAAACAAGCCAAUCAACAAAAUAAUAAAAACUGAAUCGUAAAGCACACGCUCAAAACCAAAACAAGUCCUUUAAGCUUUGAAUCGGAGAAAAAAUAUAAUAAACAAAACUCGAUAACACCAACAAACAAUAACAAGUUCACUCGGAAACAUAAGUGUAAGGAAGGGUAAUGUCCUCUAUUAGGUUAGCUUAUAGCUGUGGCACUUUUAUGGGACCUAAUUAGCACAACUCGGAUAGUUUCAGCUGAUGUAAGCAUUAAAUCACAACACAAGGACCCAGAAACACGCACGCAGCCACCCAAAGAAGCUGAUGAAGCAGCAUUCCUGACAAAUAGUGGGUUCAAAAAGCAACAACAACAACAGCAAAAUUCUUACCAGCAUUAACAAUCCCAGAUAUUACAGGCAGUCAGCUAGCCCAACAUAUGCUCACCGCAUGUCGAUGCUCGUGAGCAAUACCAUCGCAUCGCCAGGAGUACAACAAGAACGGCAUUCAUUCGCAUCAUAAACAUUGUGUCAGGGAGCCGACUGUGUGUGUGUGUGUGUGCGUGAGUGUUUUGUAUCGGCGCCCCCCCACAUGAGUAGUCGAUAAAUCCGUUUAUUUUGAUGGCUAUUGGAUUUACGCUUUAGCAAGGACAACAGCGACAGGCUCUGCUACAAUAGCAUCAUAUUGAAAUGCCAAUAAAAAGGCGUUUUUUUAUGAUGGUCAACAAUAAAAAAUAAAAUCAUCCACAAAUAACACGAAUAAUCCUACGGAAAAGGAAACUAAAACCUUUGUCGGCCGCCAGUCUGUGGCUGUUGUGUCCAUUGACCGUGAUGAUGUGCCAGCAAGUACUAUGGUUCGGCAUUGUUUUGUGACUCACGCCAUGCUGCUCGAUGCUGCUUAAAACGGUCUUCCCCGACCAGUGCAAACGUUAAUGCAAAUGCUCAAAAUAAAACGAAAACGUAAAGGAAUUCUUAAUAAAAUGUCAAAAAUGCCAACAGCAUCGACAUUUCAAUUUUAACUAUAUUUCGCUUUGUUGUCGUUGUUGUCCUCCCUAAAACAACAACGUAACAACAGUGAGGACAGGCCAAAGAUAACCAAGCAACCAACGACGAGACAAGUCUUGCCAAGUAGCUGACCGGCAAUCAAUCGAGCCAAAAUACCAAAGAAGGGAACAAAAACAAAGUUUGUUUUUACAACAGCUUCGUGCGGAGGAUUACGACUGUCCCAGAAACGGAAUUAAAACGUCUUUUGGCGGAGCUCACUCCCCUUUUGGACUGAGCUCAACGUUGCUUGAUAGCCUGCGUGUGUGCGUGUGUGUCUGAGCAGCAGGAAAUGAUGUUUUCAUCAUUGCAAAUCAUUACUUUUGCAUGUCGCUCUUAGCGUUCGAAUAUACAUACGUACAUAUACCAAUGACCACAGGCAACAGAAACCAAAAAGUGAAACAGAAAACGCAAAACAAUAACUUAAUAAAAUAUCGGUAAAGCAAAGAACUAUCGGGAAACUGAGCCCCUUAACUUAUAUAUUAAGCUAGCGUCCUAGCACUCUCCUCUUACUGUCAAUCUCUUGCUGCUGAACUCGUUAGUAAAAUAAAACAUAUUAUUCCCUAACCGCAUUGCAAUCGAUUUAAAUAACAACAAACUAUCUUUCCUGCAUCCAAAAAACUAUCUCUAUUUUCCAAGGCAUAACAUUAUGGAAACACACGAUCCUGAACAAAUGGCUCUAGCGGUGGCCUCGAAUGGCAUGGGAGCCGCAGAUUGUGCUGCCCCUGGCAACGCAUGUCACCAUUGCCACCAUCGUCUCUAUCAGGAACACUGUUAUCAACAGCAGCAAUGCCCUGUGCAUGAACGACAGGAACAUCAGAACUACCAUCGUCGGCAACAUUGGCAGCUGCGGCAAGCACUGCAUUGGAUUAAAAAUCUUCAAUUCGUCUGCCAUGUGAUAUCCCUCCUCCUAGUUGUUAACUUGCCCGCGUUUUGUCAUGGACAGCAACAGAAAUUUCGUGUAACACCGCACGAUUUGCAAGUUCUUGAGGGCGCAGAGGCCAUGUUACGAUGUGAAGUAGCAAAUCUUGCGGGAGCUGUACAAUGGACUAAGGAUGGCUUCGCUUUGGGGUUUUCAGCUGUCAUACCCGGAUUUCCACGCUACUCGGUGCUGGGCGACCGUAAGCAGGGUGCCUACAACCUCAGGAUAUCAAAUGCCUCCACAAGUGACGAUGCCGAGUAUCAAUGCCAAGUUGGUCCAGCGCGCCUGAAUUCAGCCAUACGAGCCAAUGCCAAGCUCACAGUUAUCUCCCCUCCUUCAUCAAUUGAAAUAAAGGGUUACGAGAACAAUGCGAAAGUGGAAGUUAGAGAAAACCAGGAUCUAUCCUUGAAGUGUGUGGUGUCGAACGCCAAGCCUGCUGCACAAAUUGUUUGGUAUCGAGGAAAUGUCGAGUACAAACCAGAAAAUCGCAACGAUAAAGUUGAGGAAACUACACCGAAACGUUUUACCACCACAUCCAGCCUGAAAUUGAAACCCUCUGCCGAUGAUGAUUACACGGAGUAUACAUGCCAAGCGAAGCACAAAGCCUUAGCGCCAGAUAUGCCAAUGCGGGCCACCGUGCAGCUGUCCGUUCUAUAUCCUCCAGGACCACCAUACAUUGAAGGCUACACUCAGGGAGAGACUUUGAGAAGGGGCCAGGCAGUCGAAUUGGUUUGUCGCAGCAGGGGUGGGAAUCCAGCAGCUCAACUGAUAUGGUACAAAAAUGGUCUGCAAACGAAAAUGGCCUACAAGACCAUUGGUCGAAUGUCGGAGAAUGUGUACAAAUUUACGGCGGAAUCGAGUGACAACAAGGCUCGUUUUAGAUGCGAAGCUAUCAAUGUAAUGUCUCCCGCUCCUCUCAAGGCUGAAGUUGAUCUCACAGUUCUGUUUGCCCCCACACAUGUCUCCAUAUCGGGUAACAACGAAGCCCGGGUGGGCGAUGUGGUCCCACUCACAUGUACCACAGCUCCCUCUAAUCCACCUGCGGAGAUCAAAUGGAUGGUCGGAGGUCGCCAGAUACGUAAUGCAACGUCACGCACCAUGGUCAGUCCCGAAGGUGGCUGGAUUACUAUUUCAAAUAUCACGGCCGUUGUUGAGCCCAACAAACGCUCACUGGUUGUCAUCUGUCACGGUCUCAACAUGCAGCUUACGGAGAAUGUUGUCUCCACACAUACAGUUAAUGUUUUAUAUCCACCUUCACCGCCAAUGAUAUCGGGUUACAUGGAGGGACAAAUAAUUCCAGCUGGUUCGGUGCAAAAGCUUUUAUGUGUGUCAUCGGGAGGAAAUCCACUUGCUACCCUCACGUGGUACAAAAACGACAAAAGGAUAAACUCAGUGAUACGCACUGCCGACAAGUCUGUCUCGGCCGAAAUAACGAUUCUGGCAAAUGUAACGGAUAACCAGGCGCAAUAUCGUUGUGAGGCGGCCAACAGUGCCACGGAAAUACCGCUUUUCGAGUCUACCACUCUGAGCGUACACUUUGCUCCCGAAACCGUUAAGAUACGCAUCGAACCGGAAGAAUUGAAACCAGGCAUUGAGGCGACCAUUGUGUGCGAUUCUAGUUCUAGUAACCCACCUGCAAAGUUGUCGUGGUGGAAGGAUGGUAUAUCCAUUCAGGGUAUAAAUAAUACAUCCAAGCCCGGACUGUGGGGUGGUACCGUCUCGACUUUGGAAUUCAAAGUAAACAUCACACAGGAAAUGAACGGCGUAGUGUAUACAUGUCAAAGUGCCAACGAGGCUCUCCAGCGCAGCGUGCACGAGGCUGUCAGUCUGGAUGUGUUGUAUCGUCCCAAAUUCGUGCCACCACCCUCUUCGACUGCCGUUGGUGUAGAGGGAGAGUCGCUGUUGGUUGCCUUGCAGGCCAAUGCCAAUCCCAUGUCAAUUACCUACACUUGGACGAAGGACGGUCAGUCGCUGCCUAGCAACGGUAAUGGCGCCGAGCCACGUAUUUUUGCCGAAGGAUCCAAGUUGAAUUUCACCAAAUUGUACCGCAACGAUGCCGGUGUGUAUGUGUGCGAGGCUCGCAACUCUCAGGGGGCAGCUCGUAUCAAUGUCACCGUUGUGGUGGAAUAUGGUACAACCAUUAAGGCCGUUUCGGAAAAUGUGAUUGUCAAUCCCGGCGAAGAUGCCAUGCUGUCGUGCAGUGUGGAGGGCAAACCUCUGACCGAAGAUCACGUCAAAUGGGAGCGACUAGGUUAUGACAUGACAAUUAAGACCUCUACUACAUUUGCUAAUGGCACCUCGUAUCUGCACAUCAAGGAUGCCCAACGAGAAGACGUAGGUAAUUUCCGCUGCAUUGCCGAUAAUCGUGUUGCCAAUCCCACCAGUCGUGAUGUACUGCUGAUAGUCAAAUUUGCUCCGGAAAUCGAUAAGUCUCCAACUUUGAUGAGAGCCGCCAGUGGGACGGGAGAACGUGGUCGCUUACCCUGUCGCGCUCAAUCGUCACCCCGGCCGCAGUUCAUAUGGCGGCAGGAGGGUAAGGACCUACCCGUCAAUCGUUCCUAUAAGUACGAGGUUGAGGAGAAGAAAAUCGAUUCGCUUACCUACGAAUCCAUACUAAUCAUUGAGAAAGUUGCCCCAGCGGACUAUGGUGCCUACGAGUGUUUCGCUAAAAAUGAUUUGGGCCAGGACAUUGAACCGGUGCGUUUGGACAUAACCUCACAGCCAGACACUCCGCUUAGUUUGAAUAUUCUUAAUGUUACCCAUGACUCAGUAACGGUAGCAUGGACCCCUGGUUUUGAUGGCGGUCUAAAGGCCUCAUACCGUGUACGGUACAGGGAGGCUAACCGAGAGCAGUACAAGUACAUUGAUGGUUUGCCCAACAGCCAUAAAUUGACCAUAAACGGCCUUCGCAUGAAUACAUUGUAUCUGUUCUCCGUGAUGGCCUACAACGAUUUGGGCGAAAGCAAAUACUUGCCCGAUCUGCAGAAGGCCCAUACCAAAGAAGCUCCGCCGCCCUCACAACCAGCUUCAUCGCUGGGCGGACCCCCAACCACCAGUGCCACACCGCUGGGAGGCACUUCGGGCUUGCUGCUGUUAGUCGGUGUAGCAUCUGGCAUAACAAUUGUGGCUCUAAACAUCCUCGUCAUAGGAUGCUGCUUGCACAAACGCAAUCAAAAACGUCUCAAACGAGGUCUCGAAUUACUACCAGCUGAAUUAAGUGAAAAUUCAAAUGCGCCAAAUCUGGUUAUAAUUGGCAUUUCGCUGGCAGCUUUUGGCUUUCUUUUGGUUAAUGCCGCCUUAGUCGGCUGGUUUUUCGUCCAUCAAAGGCGCAAAAAAGCUGAGACAGCAAAUCAACCGGGAAAAACGGCUACCAUAGAGAUGUAUGCACCCAGUUCGUACAACGACACCGUUACUGGUGAGACCCUGUCGAGCGUUUCCGAGAAAAGCGAAUCGUAUUCCAAUGAUGGCAGCCAAGGAGAUUACAUUGAUGAGGCGCGUAAAAAGGCAGCCUCCACAUAUCUAGUUGACAAUACCGAUUUGCCGCCGCCUCGUUACCAGCAAGAUGGCACAAUGCCAGCGAUAUAUCCUAAUAAUAUGGUUAAUGCUCGGACACUGCCUCAUCCCCGGCACAAUAAUGGGGCCAACAUCAUGGAUCACCGGGCGCGCGAUGAUCAAAUGUUAAUUAACAAGGCUGUUUAUAUUCCGUCCCCAUCGCCAGCACCCCCUCCGGAUGGCUCAUACUACAACAUGAACAGUGACAGGUAUCUCUCCUAUCCGCCAAUGGAUUAUGCAGCUCAGAUUGAUUUUACACAACCCAUGGCCAUGGCUCACUUACAACCGGUAUCACAGGCAUCUAUGAUAAGUGGCACUAUAUUGACAGCAGCUCCUUCGAUGGGAAAUGGGGGCAGCGGCACUUUAAGGCGUGGCAUCCUAAAGGGUGUUUCGCAUGUACCACCGCCAGAUGUCACACAUCACACAACCAAUAUGGGUGGCGUGCAUAUGAUGCAUGACCUACAUCCCCUAAAUAUAUCAUCUACCUCGUCUACCCUGACAACAACAUCGAGUGUGGGUAAUGGCAGUCUGAUGUCUGUGCCCAGUUCUACGGCCAAACAACCGCAGAGCAUACUGAAGGAUCCAAACCGUAACAAGCAGCAGCACCAGCAACUUCAGCAGCCACCCUCGCUGAUAAAUACAGGCAUGGUGGCCGUACCUGGGCCGCCUGGCAGCUUACAAAUGCUUAACAUCCCUAAUUCAGUUGGCAUUAGUAAUAACCUGCUAAUGACCGCCAGUGCAGCCUAUGACCCCACAAAUCCUCAUAGUCUAACCACAUUCAAUGCCAGUGGUGCCACCGUGGCAUUUACCGAUGCUGAUGGUCAUCUCGUAUAGCUGUAGGAUGCCUCACAAGGGGCUUUGUUGACGGUAAUCACGGAUCCAGCGACACCACCUCCGCCACCAACACAACCACCCCGCUACUAAGCGUGAGGCAUGAAAUUCUCCUUCUCCUUUGGAUAAGUAUAAGUCAAAGUUAAGCUUAAGGACAUACAACAAUACUCUUAGUGAGCAUUUAAAUACCUACAACCACGUUCUCAUUACCACUACGUCCACUCACCGAAGCACACAUGUGUGGGAGUGUGGAGUGCAUAUCGUUGUUGAGGCCCGUACCAUUUAAACGAAUGUUAAAUUGAAGUACUCUUAAGACAAAAACAAAACCAAAAAGAGAAAACAAAGAAAAAAAAACGAACAACACAAUAAUACAAGAAAGAUAGAGCCAAAUUUAUCCAACAAAACCCGAUACAAUGGCAAUGUGAGGCGGUAAUGUCAGGACAAUGCGCAUGUUAAACAAAUGCAAAACUCCGUAAACAACGAACGACUUUAAAUUCAACUAGAACUAGUGGAAACCUGAUCGCGACAUAUCUCUCUCAAAAGUUCUCGCACUCACUACGAAGGUUAGCGCUAUGAAAUAAAUUACUAUUAGUUAAUGAAUUAUGUUACCAUUGACAAUACCUUUUCAUAUUCGCACCUGGCUACGGCGUUUGGACUUUCUUUGAAUUCAAUGCUACAAAAUUGAAGGCAAAACAAUGAAAAACAAAAACUGGGUAUCACUUUGAAAUAAACUUAGAUGUGCGCUUUUUUGGCUUAGGGAGGCAGUGUCGUGCUUUCUACAAUAUGUAGUAGAGUUAUUUCCCAGUAUGUAUUAGUUUAGUAAAAAUGUGCGUUUUAUGGUAAAUUGAUACGAUAUGCUCUCUUAUCGUAUUUUAAUUUACUAUGUGUUCAAAUUAAUAACAAUAAUGAAACGAUUUUUACCAAAAAUCAAACCAAACCACUGUGUCAAAAAUAUAUUAAAUUUUAAAUUAUUGUCAAUAAUUUUUGUUCCUCUUUUUACAAGUCUCGUUCAAUAAUCUCCUAUGGGACAUUUCAUUGCAGAAUCUUCAAAUUUCCCAAGGACAUCCUACUAGCAUGCAUAGAGACUUCCCCCAGUUGUCUGAUUCAAGUCUCAAAGACAAUGGAGGGACACCUCUGGGUAUAGAAGUUUUCAAGGCCAAAAUAAUUAUAAGUGUUGACAGUUUUUAGUGAGGGGUUGAUCACCCUUGAAUUUUUGUUUUGCUGUUCCAUGUGCCAUGGUGGCCCCAAGUGCUUCGAGGGGCACUUGCCUAAUGCCAGUAUUUUUAUUAAUUUCAACCUUGUCUUACCACAAAUCACAAUUGAUAAGAAAUAGUACAAAAUGCCGAUGUUGCAAAAAACUUGAUUUAUAACGUCGUUUACAUUAGGAAAUUAAAAUGCUAAACUUUAGAAUAACCACUGUAAAUUUAAAACAGAAACUUAGAUUAAUAAACGGUUUGGAUUUAGUUUAUCGUUUGCAUUAUAACAUCAUGAGAUACGAACUGAACCUCAUGCUUGAAAGGUUACAAAUAUGCCAAUCCGUCUGAACGGAUGAUUUUACCUUUUUAAGCCAAUGCUACAAUUUGUCAACCCGAAAGCAGCAGCAGGUUUGCCAAAGUGUUCGUAUGUGUAGAAGGGGCGGAUACUCCAUCCAAUUACCAAAAUUUUUCAAAAUUAUUUUUAUUGGUUUCCACAUCUACAGUAACCCAAAUUCUCGAAUUUUUUAUACACAUUUGCUUUUACAUAAUAAAACAAAAUUCGGAAACCUAGUGAUUGGACAUACUCACAAGGUGUUUUAGAGAAGAGAACAAUUCGGUCGUUCAAGUGACUGGCAACCGCGACUCAUACCCAUUAGCCUAUCGAGCUAACAUAUUGGCCAAACAGGGUCUCAUUGAAAAGGUAAAUAGUUUUAGAGUGGCUCGAAUUUGACAUACCAAUGCGAGCACUGGCGGCACUGAGGAGGCCACCGUAGCGCAGAAGUUAGCAUGUCCGCUUAUGACGCUGAACGCCUGGGUUCAAAUACUGGCGAGACCAUCAGAAAAAAUGUUCAGCAGUGGUUUUCCCCUCCUAAUGCUGGCAACAUUUGUGAGGUACUAUGCCAUGUAAAACUUCUCUCCCAAGAGGUGUCGCACUGCGGCACGCCGUUCGGACUCGGCUAUAAAAAGGAGGCCCCUUAUCAUUGAGCUUAAACUUGAAUCGGAUUGCACUCAUUGAUAUGUGAGAACUCUGCCCCUGUGGAAUGUUUAUGGACAAAAUUUGCAUUUGCAAUAUGAGCACUGUACUCUCACAGGGAAAAAAAGUAUCUAAAACAAGUGAAUAGGAUUCCUACUUAAUCUAAACUUUUGCCAAAAUUCAAGAAAAAUGGCAACCACAAUCAAUUAGAAGUUAGCUUAUUUUCAUACUCCUAACACAAGUGAGAUGGAGUUUAAAGUCGACUGUCGGAUGAACCCAAACUAAAGCUGUACCACUGUCAAAUCUAAGAUUUCAAUAUUUGGAUUGAAAGACUUGUAGUUGUGCUUGUUUUAUUAGUUAGUUUCAUAGAAGUUUAAUCAUUUCAAAUAGUUUUUAUAAGCUCACACCCUUUGUUAGCCUUAUUCUCUAGUCUUUGGAAACAAAACAAAAAAUCACGAUUACAACUUAUUCAUGCAUAAAUAUCCAUAUGCUCUAUAUUGAAGUAUUUACUAGAAGUAUUUUAAUUUUAAAAUUUGUUUAAAAAAUUAAUUCAAUACUUUUGUUUAUUCUUAGUUGUUUAAUUGAAAUUGCAAAAAAAGAAACAAAGAAAUAUUAAUGUACACAUGUACUUUAAGUUGGAAAUGAUUAUUUCGAUACGGAUCUUUUAACUGUCUUCCACCAUCAACACUUGUUUGCGAAAAUGUCCACAAACAUAGUUUUAUAUUUUUAAUUCAAUUUCUUCAUUUAAUUUCUCUUAAGUCUUUCGUUUUUUGAUAUUUUUAUGUUCAUUUCAACUAACCCAAGUUAAGUCAUAUCUGAAGUUGUUAGCAUUAAAAUACUACGUCAGUUUACUAACGCUACUGAAGCAAAUUUAACCAAAGAUUUCAAUAUCACUUAUGUGACUAUCUCAAUGUGUUUUAAAUGAUAUACUAUUUGUUACACACUAUUUGUUUAUUUUU